GCCUGGGCUUGCACUUGCAGUAAAGCCUACAGAGUGUGCAAAACGUUCCUCAUCUUCGUCAUGGCCCUUUCAACACUCGAGCUAGUAGAAUGGGCAACUUUUCUAUCUACUUUGGUCGUGACAGUGGCUGCAGUGCCUGCAAGCCUUCACAUGCUGAAGACUAAGAAUACAGUUGGCUAUCCUUUUAUUUUCUUUAUGAUUGCAUGUGUCAAUUCGUUGUGUUUGGUUGGAUAUGGCCACCUGAUAGAAAAUCCCGAGUUCGUCAAGAUGAACCUCAUGGGCGUUGCCUUCAAUGCUGUCUACUUCUUCUGUUAUGUUUAUGUCACAAAUAAAAAGAUGAAUGCCAUGAAAUAUCUGUUUGGAGGAUUAUUCUACGUGGCCUCUGUCUACGCAUACUGCUCAAGACUUGAAGAUAAAGCCAAGAUGACAGACAGUCUAGGAUUCAUCAACACUGUUGCUACCAUGAUUUUAUUUCUAAGUCCCUUAUUAGAAGUGCCCGAUUUCGUGCAUGCCAAAAGUUGUGAAGGGAUGCCAUUGAUGAUGUUGGUUAGCGGCACAAUCUGUUCUUUGUCGUGGACUGUUUAUGGGAAAAUGUUGGACGAUCCUUAUAUCUACGCCCCAAACUUUCCAAGUUUUUUCACCAAUGGAGUGUACUUUCUUCUGCUCAUCAUAUACGGCCGUGGAGACAAGUCAAAGACGGACUAGCUACCAAGGGAGGGUUUUGAGGGGGUCGACCUAAUAUUGUUUCCCGUGAAGUGCCUACCGGUAGUAAAUUCCUCAAGUGAAUUAUCUUACUGCCCCAAAUGAUAAGUGCAUGUUUAUUAGGGAUUUAGACUUGAUCUUAAGUUAAAUCAUGUUGUCAACCUAAUGUAGCUCAAUCCGCCUUUAAAACUAUUAUCGUGGGACAAGUCUUCCUCAGUUAUUAUCUGUAAACCUAGAAAUAGUCAGCUUAUUUUUUUCAUGGUUUCAUAUCUUGCAACUUUAACAUCCGAAAAACUUUGUAUUUUGACAACCAAGUUUACAAUUAACUCAACAACAAUUGAAUUUUCUUUUUUGCGGGCAGAUAUUUUUGCAUCUGGGUAUACAGUAUGCUAUUUGAAAUCCUGGUACUUCGACCUACAUGUACUAUAGUGUCCACUGUGAUUAGUCCUUGAUGAUGUUCCUGAUUAGUUGCAAAUGUAUUAAGAAGAAAUGGCUUCCACAAACUAUGGGGUUUACAGUAUAAUUGGCUACAAUGUGUGUAAUACUCAUAUAGUAUCAGAGUUAAGUUCUGGAGUCAAGUUUAUUAGGAAUUGAUGCCCUUCACUAGCUCGCUAACAUGUCUGUAACUCCAUCAUUGAAGGAGUAGAGUCAGACUGGUUCUAUUUAGUAUUGUUUGUAUAGUAUUAUCUCUCAUGUUUAUAUUUCUGAUUUUCUCAUCUUUUUGUCGUUACUUUGUCCAUAUACAUGUAGAUCUAUUGGCAGACAAAAGAUGUAUACGUUUUUUUAAAUUAUUACUAAUCUCUAACCGGGUGCCUUAUUUACAAAUUUUUCAUAAAGAUUACCUUUAAUAUUGAAACUUUAGAUUGGUGAAGAUGAUAUAUUUUAUAAGUCCACAAUUAUGAUGGAAACCACCGGGUGCCUCGUUGCAAUUGCCUACACCACAGUUCAUAAAUAUCCAUAUCGGUAAUGUACAUGUAGAUUCAGGGAAGAUAUAUUUUAUAAUUCCACAUUUAUGAUGGAAACCAUUUGGUGCCUCACUGCUCUUGAAUAUUCAUGUAUCAGUAAUCUACUCAAAGAUUCUAUGAAGAUUAGUAUGCACUUUAUAAAUCCACAUUUAUGAUGGAAACCAUCGGGAAUGCAAAGAAUGCUCAAUGUUUGUAUACACUCUGUUUCACCGGGCUUCCCCUACAUAAUGUAGUUUUAACCGCUAAUGUUUCUGUGAUGGCAAAGUCGGCCAAAUAUUCACUUUUGACCUUUUUUAUGAUAGAAAUUGAUACCUUGCUGUGAGUUUCUGGUUGCCCAAUCAAGACUGGUUGGGAGGCCUGAAAUUACGUCCAAAAUGCUCUUGUACCCCCUCUUGGUUUUGGCCUGCAUUUUCAGUCUAAAUGAACACUCAUGAUUAGACAAACCAAGGAUACCAGCUCGAUAUUGAUUCCUUAAAUAUGUCAUAACAGGGUGUGACUGCUGUUUGUAAGUUCAUGACAGUGAUUUUUUGUUGGUUUUGGGAUUGUGAUAAAGAACAGUGCUAACAUUUACCGGGUACUCCGUCUGCAAUACUUGAUGAAGAAAAAUGCGAUAUGUAGCUCCCUUUUGUAUGUUUACUAUUACGAUAAUGGUAUAUUUUCUGAAUAAAUUAUUGAAAAAUAUGAUUA